AGAUCUCGAGUAAAUUCCGUUUACAAAUUUCCCACUUUGGCGGUUAAGCAGACAGUUGCGAACAAAUUUGUUCAUCUUACAGCAAGGGACCAUUUCAUAUUUUCAAUUUGUGAACUGCCAGUGUAGAAACAUGUCUGGACGCGGAAAAGGAGGAAAAGCUAAGGCCAAGGCAAGGUCGAGGACAUCCAGAGCUGGUCUUCAGUUCCCAGUCGGACGUAUCCAUAGAUUGUUGAGAAAGGGAAACUAUGCUGAACGAGUUGGAUCGGGGGCUCCCGUCUAUCUUGCAGCCGUACUCGAGUAUCUCUCGGCAGAAAUCUUGGAGUUGGCUGGCAAUGCCGCCAGGGACAACAAGAAGUCAAGAAUCAUCCCUCGACACUUGCAGCUUGCAAUCAGAAACGACGAGGAGCUGAACAAAUUGCUGAGUGGAGUGACCAUUGCACAAGGUGGUGUCCUGCCAAACAUUCAGGCAGUACUCUUACCAAAGAAGACCGAGCAGAAAGCUCCAAAAUCAUAAAGCUUGGACUCACUUGUUGGCCCGGCCACUUAUUCAUUGAAAACGGUUUUUUUAAAAACC